UUACAACGUCAGCAGUCGGCGACUUGAUUGCGGGGACGCUACAACUUUUACAAGUCAAUCUAUGAGCAGCCAGUGAGAGAGAGAGAGAGAGAGAGAGAGAGACACACACACACACAUUCACACACACACUCACGCACUUUACACUCACACACUUGAGCACUGAGGGGUGUGUCGAAGCACGUUCAGUUCCUCAAGGAAGUACAAGUCGUCAGUAUCGCAAGGCGGAGUGCCGAGAAGCCAGCGGCGGCUGCUUUUGCAAACAUGAAGCGUUGAGGUCACGCCAGUCUCCUUGUUGUUGCCAUCCUCCACCGGAUCAACCACGACACGAGGGGGGUGGGACGCCAACUAACGCAGACAACCAUGGACCACUUCAGCUCCAGGGACACGGCCUUGAAGGUCCAGAAGAAGAUCCUGAGCAGCAUGGCGACCAAGACCUCCGUCCAGAUGUUCAUCGACGACACCACCAGCGAGAUUCUGGACGAGCUCUACCGCGUCUCCAAAGAAUACUCGGGCAACAAGACCGAGGCCCACAAGGUGGUCAAGGACCUAAUCAAGAUCGCCGUCAAGAUCGGCCUCCUGUUUCGCAACAACCGCUUCAGCACCGAGGAGCUGAUCUUGGCCCAGGACUUCAAAAAGAAGCUGCACCAGGGUGCGAUGACCGCUAUCAGUUUCUACGAGGUGGACUUCACCUUCGACAAGACAGUGAUGUCGGAGCUCCUGACGGGAUGCAGGGACCUCCUGCUGCGGCUGGUCAACAGCCACCUGACGCCAAAGUCCCACGGGCGCAUCAACCACGUGUUCAACCAUUACGCCGACCCCCAGCUGCUCACCCGGCUCUACCAGCCCGACGGGCCCUUCCGGAACAACCUGGAGCACAUCUGCAAGGGACUCAACAAGUUGCUGGAGGACGGGACAAUAUGACGGUGCCCCCACUUCCGAGCCCCAUUCCCUUGGGACCACACUGACACUCCACACUCGACACUGUCCUGCUGCUAAGAGAGCAAAUGUUCAGGAGGGAGGCCCCGCCAAACGCUCUACUUGGGAACAAAACUGCCGGGGAUAGAUUUUUUUUUUUCUUUCUUUCUUUUGUUGUGAGGCAUUGUCAUGACAACAGGUCAAAUCCGAACUAAAGGGGUUCACACUAUUUUAAAAUCAUGAAUACGCUGAUGUUUGAUGGAAAGAGGAAGAGGGAGUCUGCUGAUACAAUGCUGCCCUCUGGUGGCCAGGACGUUGUGGAAGCAUCCAGAAAUCAGAAAAAAUAAAACAGCCAAUUAUCAAAACGAUGACGAUAUCAGAAUAAAAUAAGGCCUGACUGUGGUGUCAAC